AUGGCAGCAUAUACUCCUUUUGUGAAACCGACUUCUCUAACCCCUUACCAUCACUGUUUCACUCGUUGUCUCGCUCGAUCAUUCAACGUGGAUAUCUCGUCGCUGCUUAAAUCGACGACCGACGAAGAAGGCCAGUCAACCGAUUCUCCCCCCUCGGUCUGUCGUUCAGAGUCUGUGCUAUCGAGCGUCGCCACCAGCGUGGCUCCUUUGCCACCCCAGCCGCGUCCGGUGGUCCCGGCCAAGCGACCGUUGACGAGCCAGGGAUAUUCCACACAGUCACCAGCCAAGAAGCAAUCAAAGUGGUCGCCAGAAGAGGACUCGAGAAUCAUCCAACUCCGCCAGGAUGGAAUGAAGUGGGAAGAUAUCAGCAAGCACUUGCCCGGUCGCAGUGCCAUCAGCUGUAGGCUGCACUAUCAGAAUUACCUGGAAAGGAGGAGCGAGUGGGAUGAGGACCGCAAGAAUAAACUGGCGAGGUUGUACGAGAGAUUCCGCGCGGACAUGUGGGCUAGGGUAGCUGAAGAGAUGGUCAUGCCCUGGAGAGCUGUGGAAGCAAUGCACUGGCAGAUGGGUGAGCAUGAGAUGGCGAAGCGAGCGGGCGUAACACCGUUCUCCCUAGCCAAUGCUGGAAGCGGUGCCGAGCCAUCGACCCUCCUGCCUCCGAGAUCGCAAUACCGACAUGGCACGCCUGCUCCCCGGCUGCGGCGUGAUUCGAUGGCGCGUGAAGCAUCUUUGACUGGACCACAGCAACUGCCAUCGUUGGCAGAGCUUACCGCAGGGUUACCGGCUUUUUCGGCACCACCUCCACACCCUCCAGACCUUUUCCACCAGCAUCAGCUGUACGAUCAUCCGAGAGGACGGAAUUCCCGAUUUCGAUAG